AUGUCUAACACUAGUCCUACCCGCGACUUCUACGCCGAUCUCGGUUUGACUCGGGAUGCGACGGCCAAGGAGAUCAAGGCCGCAUUUCAUCGACUAGCCAAGGUUCACCACCCAGACAAACAAGGCUCUGCGAGCGAGUUCCGUAAGGUGCACGAAGCCUAUGAGGCCCUUCGUGAUACCAGCUCAGAAGAUCAGUAUGACGAGAAGAUGCGCAAGCAGCGAGAGACUGCUUACAACGCGACGCGUCCCUCCAAUGCGUUCAACCCGCGCCCACGCGCCCCUAAUCCGGCCAACGUUCCCCGUCAGACCAGCGCCUAUACUAGGCCAAACGAAAAUGCCCGAUAUAACGAUGUUGGCUCCGAAUUCGAGGAAGAGCAACCGGCGUCCUCCUCUAACACCUAUAGGCAUACGGGAUCGCGGUACUACUCGCAAGGGCAGCCGGCGUCCUCCUCUAACGCGCAUUCGGAAUCCCAGUACUACUCGCAGGAUCACACAGAGUAA